AUGUACUUCUCCCUGGCACGCACUCAAUCCUUCGUAACCUCCACCAUCUCUUUACUCUCCCAAUCAUCAUCUCCCAGUUCCCAAUCAGCUCAAUCACGGUCGGGAGGAGCAGGACAACUUCAACAACUUGUAGAGAAAAUAACCGCCUUCAUCCUCCCGGACUUCAUCUCCCUCACCCACGUCGCAAACACCAUCUCCGCCGCCUUGCCGCCCAUCAAUCAACUUCUCGUAGUUGGCGCACAAAACUGUGCCGCACACCACGCCUUUGGCCCGUUGACGGGCGAGGUCUCGCCCGCCGUGUUGCGCGAGGCUGGAUGCAGGAUUGUCAUGGUCGGCCAUGCCGAGCGCAGAAGGUUGUUUGGGGAGGGGGAUCCCGAUGGGCGGGUGGUCAGGGACAAGGUUGCGGGUGUGUUGAGGAAUGGGAUGGUCCCGUUGAUCUGUGUAGGGGAGGUGGGUAGGCCUGAACCGGAGUCUGACGGUGCGGAGGGUGGUGAUGGUGAUGCAGGGGUGCGGGCUGCGGUUGAGGAGGUGGUUGGCCAGGUGCAGGCUGCGCUGCGAGGGUUGAGCGAGGAGGUGUUGAACGGUCAGCUUAAGGGAGACUCUGGGGAGGAAGAUAAGGGAGAGAUUAUUUUGGCGUAUGAGCCGGUCUGGGCUAUUGGCGCGCCGGAACCGGCUGCGGCAGAGUAUGUUAGGGCGGUUGUCAGGAGGGUGAGGGAGAGUGAAGUGCUGAAGGGGUGGCCAGGGAGGGUGAGGAUUGUUUAUGGCGGCGCGGCCAAGCCGGGGAUGUGGGGGCGGCUGGGAGGGGACUUGGAUGGGUUGUUUCUGGGCAGGUUUGCGCACCAGCCGGAGCAGUUUGUGAAGAUCAUUCACGAGGUUGCGGGGGUGGACUCGAGCGUUGGGGGUGGGUAG